AUGACACAUUUCGACUCUGUUCACUCUGGGUUAGGUCAAGCAGCUCUGGCCUGGCGGCGGGCCGUCGAUCCGGAUCGUGUCCAACCCAGCCCCGAACCCGAACGGCUCGAUCGCAGCACGCAAGUCCUCUCACCUAUGCCGAGCUCACACCGGCGACCGAACCCAAAUUUCGUCCAGGAAGGCCUGCCGCUGAGGGUCGCCUCUGUUCGUAAUCCUAGGUUGAAAUUUGCUGCCACUCCGGUCUCCUCUUCCCUACUACCCUAUCUCUCUCCGAGGAUAAAAUCUCUCCGGGAUACGCAUGUCGAUGAUGUGACCCACGUCGUGGCCAAGGGCGCCAUACGGAUGUCAAAAGCUUGGAAGCUGCUGUUAUCUGUCCGGCUCCGGGUAACCUUAUCCCUUGAGAUGUAUCCACCGUUCCGAUUCGGUUUUCGACAGGAACUAGGAGGUCCAACUAAUCUAUUUGACUCGACCGCAAGGCCUCGCCAGCCGGUAAUUUCCUUCAGGUACAGGUACAAAAAGUAG